CAGCUUUGUGCCCAGCAGAUGCUUCUUCACACCAGCCACUGGAUGCCUUUCCGAGCGGGAGAAAGCUGAUAUCCGGCCUGUAGCUGAGGGUGAGCCCCUGAGAAGCGGAUGAAGAAACAAAUCCUACUACGUUUCACAUACCGAGGACUAGUCAGCAAAGGAAAAAAGAGCAAAAGAAGAAAAUGGCAGACUUUAUGUUACGGAAAGCCGAGCCCAAAGAUGUGUCUGACAUACUGCGACUCAUAAAGGAACUGGCCAAAUUCGAGGAAAUGGAGGAUCAAGUCAUUCUCACUGAGAAAGAUCUGCUGGAGGACGGGUUUGGAGAUCAUCCGUUCUAUCACUGUAUGGUGGCUGAGGUGACCGAACAGCACCAGAGCACCGACGGUCAUGUGAUCGUUGGCUUUGCCAUGUAUUAUUUCACCUAUGACCCCUGGAUUGGGAAACUGCUCUACUUGGAGGACUUCUACGUCAUGAAGGAGUUUCGAGGUUUUGGAAUUGGGUCUGAAAUCCUGAAGAAACUGAGCCAGACGGCGGUCAGGACUCGGUGCAGCAGCAUGCACUUCAUCGUGGCGGAGUGGAAUCAACCCUCCAUUGACUUCUACAAGCGGCGCGGAGCGUCCGAUCUCUCGCUGGAGGAAGGGUGGAGGCUCUUCAAGAUCGACAAGCAGAGCCUUCUCAAGAUGACCGACGAGGAGUGAAUCGUUCAGAGCCUCUGGUGCUGGCGUCCACUGAAGUGAACAGAUCCUCAAAACAAAUAGAUAAAGAAAAGUCAUUCUAAAGCCUUCAGGGUUUCUUCAUUCUUACUAUAAUUCGACUCUUCCCCACUCCCCUUUAUGUGUCAUUGGGCUUUUGUGGCAAGUUUAAAACGGCUGACGAGAGUUAAUGGUCAACUACUAUCUUUAGAUGUACCAUUUACAUAAUUUUGAACAAUUCUAUUCUUGUUUUGAAGUAAAAAGAUUAUUUUCUUUUGUGGUUUAAUAAUUGACAUAUCAUGCAUUUUACUGAUGUUUAUAUAGAAGUGGCAUAUUUACUUCAAUCUUAAAUUAUACUGAAAAUAUUAAAAUAAAACGUUUUUACACUUUA